AAUGAAAAAGGUCGGUAGAGAGUGUUAUCUCUGCUCUAAAAUCUCUCUCUCAUUUUUAUCAUUUUCUCUCUCCUCUUCCUCCUCAAUUUCCUGGACAUUUCUCUCUGCAAAAUAAUACUCUUUCUUUCCUUCUUACCUUCUUUUAGGGUUUCCCCACAAAGUUGAGAAAAAAAAAGCAAAGAAAUUUUUUCCAGGAUUAUCAUCACCUUUAUCAUCUUCAUCAAGAUCAUAAAAUGGAGGGUAGUGAUCCAUGGAGUUCUCGUCUUUCUUCUUCUUCCUCUUUCAGGCGCUAUCAACUACGAUCUGAGGCUUACUUAGGAGGAGAUGAUUUAGAGGUGGAGGAUGAUUACAAACAAGAGUUUUCAUGCCCAUUUUGCCCGGAGGAGUUUGAUAUUGUGGGGUUGUUUUGCCAUAUGGAUGAAGAACAUCAAGUGGAAUUGAAAAAUGGGGUUUGCCCUGUUUGUGCAAAGAGGGUUGGAAUGGAUAUGGUCGGGCAUAUUACAAUGCAGCAUGGAAAUAUAUUGAAGGUUCAGCGAAGGAGGAGAAUGCGCAGAGGCGUUCCAAAUUCAAUGUUCAGCAUAUUGAGGAAGGAAUUGCGAGAAGGAAAUAGGCAAUCCCUUUUCGGAGGGUCCUCUUUCGCACUAUCUUCCUCAAAUCCAGAUCCUGAUCCUCUGUUGUCUUCAUUUAUAUACAGCUCAUCCACUGCUGAAGAACUUGGGAAGGUAGAACCUCCCAAGGAAGCAGUUUCACUUCCACCAGCUGUGGAGGAGAAAAUUGAAAGUACCCAGCAUUCUGUGCUCUCUGAAAAGGAGCACGAGGAGAAGGCUAAGAAGUGUGAAUUUGUCCGAGGAUUGCUUCUCUCCACUAUGCUUGACGACAUUUUAUAAGCCAGAUGCCAAGCUUGGAGACGUCGUGAGCCGUUGGAGGAAUGAGAAAGCCAAGAGGAUUCAGGCCAAUGUUCAGAGAGAAAGAGAGAGAAUAUGUUAGAUAUCAGGGUAAUGUCUGAAAUUAGUGUUGUAUUUCUUGUAAUCUGUUGUAUUUAGACGGCUUAUGCAAGUGCAAUAUUUGAAAGGCGGAAUAAUAUAUCGUAAUUUCGCUUGCUUUUA